ACCAAAAAAACAGUGAGCCUCUAGGCCUACUGACAGCGUGAUCAAAGCAUAAUUUGGUCUUGAACGUCAGACAUCUCAGGUGUGGGGUGUGAGUCUUGGCUGCCGUUACCAACUGAGAAGGCUGCAACAGCGGGAAAUACAGCCACAUAUCCCUUGCAUGCAUAUCCUGCUUGUCAAGUCCGUGCCCCAUUGACAUCGUCAGGGGCUGAGCGUCUGGUGAUACUCUACAGCAGCAGGAAUCUUCCACUCCUGCUUGUUUCGGGGCCUCCAUGCCCACCGAGAUGACCACCCUGUCUCAUGCUCAGGCACCAGAGCAGUCUCACCCCCAGAACCAGUAUGAGAGAUUUGGAGGCAGUGCUGGAUGUUCGUUCACACAGACAUUGAUCCAUCUACUUAAGGGUAAUAUUGGCACAGGACUUCUUGGCUUGCCACUGGCUGUCAAAUAUUCUGGAAUUGUGUUGGGUCCAUUAAGCCUGGCAGUCAUGGGGAUCAUUGCUGUACAUUGUAUGGACCUCCUUGUGAAAUGUUCUCAUCAUCUUGGUGCGAAGAAGGGUAAAGCAUUUCUGACAUAUGGAGAGGCUAUGGAAUACAGUAUGGAGAACGUUUCUUGGAUGUGCAGACACUCUAUUUAUGGAAGGCGGCUUGUUAACAUGUUCUUGAUUAUCACCCAGCUAGGCUUCUGCUGUGUCUACAUUGUAUUCCUAAGUGAAAAUAUCAAACAGGUUGUUGAGGCAGUCAAUGGGACCACAAUGAAUUGUCAGAAUAACCAGACAACCCAAGCUGUGCCUAGCUUUGACUCCCGCCUCUACAUGCUCUGCUUCCUGCCUUUCAUAAUUCUGCUGGUGUUCAUACGGAACCUGGAGCACUUGACACCUUGGUCCCUGGCGGCUAACUUUGCCAUGGGUGGCAGUGUUGUCCUGGUCUUUUGGUACUCCCUACAUAACAUCCAAAAUCCAAUUUCCCUACCAUAUGUUGGAAAGGCUGCAGAUUACCCUCUCUUCUUUGGUAUUGCAAUAUUCGCCUUUGAGGGUAUCGGAGUGGUGCUUCCAUUGGAAAACAGAAUGAAGAGACCACAGAGUUUUAGCACAAUCCUCUACUUGGGCAUGGCCCUUGUCACAUUGCUGUACCUAAGUUUGGGGACCAUUGGUUAUCUAUGUUUUGGAGAUCAAAUUGGACCAAGCAUUACUCUCAACUUACCCAACUGCUGGCUGUACCACAUAGUGAAACUUCUGUAUUGUUUUGGGAUCUACAUCACGUAUGCCCUGCAGUUCUAUGUCUCAGCUGAAAUCCUCAUCCCCCUCGCCAUGGCCCACAUCCCACAGAGAUGGCAAUUCCCAGCUGAUCUUGCCAUCCGCGCUUCCCUUGUCACUUUAACCUGUGCCUUGGCAAUACUCAUCCCCGAGCUUGAUCUGGUGAUCUCACUCGUAGGUUCUGUCAGCAGCAGCUUCCUGGCCCUCAUCCUCCCCCCUGUGCUGCAGAUCCUGACAUUCCACAACGAGGGUCUCUCUGCCUGGGUUCUGCUCAAGAACAUCACCAUCAGCUUGAUUGGCAUUGUGGGCUUCACAGCUGGAACUUACGUCACCAUGAAUGAGAUCAUUAACCGCAGUUGCACCAGAUACUCAGACAGCACCGUAUGCUAGUGCUGGUGCCCAUCUUUUGUAAUUGUUGUAAGCAGUGUAUACAUUUUACUUGUUUUCUUGUCAUACAGUAUUUUGACUGAUUACUUAAAAAGUUCUAAAAGUUGACAGCAUAAGAAGAAAUAAUAAAAUAUUUAAGUCGCA